AUGUCGAAAAAAAAAGACGCAAAAUUUUCAAAAAGUUGUAAAAGGGAAAAAUCAACAAAAUGGAAAUAUAUAUACCAAAAAAAAAGUAUUUAUAAAAAAUGUUUGAAUUCAAGAAAUAAAAUAGUUUUUGUACAAGGAGAAAAGAAUAAAUUUAAAAAUAUUCAUUUUAAAGGGAAUAAAAGAAGAAUAAUGAAUAUUACCAAUAUUUUCAAAAUAUAUAAUUUGAAAAAUAAUAAUGAAAAUAAUAAAAAAAAUACAAAAGUGUGUAGUACAUAUAAGGAUAAUAUAAAAAAUGUGUUUACACAUAAUGAUAAUAAAAUAAAUUUUGAUAAAAUAGAGAAAAAUAUUAUGUGGAAAAAAUUGUUAAUAGAUAUGAUAUGUUUUAAUAAUAAUUUAAAUGUACCCUAUAAUGAAUCUAAAUAUUAUAGUGAUUCAACAUCAGCAUCAUCCAAAAAUUUUGAUAAUCAUAUGAAUGAAAAAAAUAUUACAAUGUAUUACAAAGGAAAGGGGAAAAAAAAAUGUAAUCCAAUAAAUAAAAAAGGAAACAACUUUGAUUAUAUAAAUAAAAUAAAUUAUAGUGUAAAUAUUGAGUUACAUUCUUUAUUUACCUAUGUUCGUACUAAAUUAAAAAAAAAAAAUAAGGAUUCUUUUAAAAAUACAAAUGUGUUAAAUAAAAUGUCCUUGCAUGAUGAUAAUGAUCUUAUUAACAAUCGUUAUAAUAAAGAACAAUAUGCAAAGUUGAACAAUCAAUAUAUUCCUGAAAAUAAGGAAAAAAUCUUAAAUGAUAUAAAAACAAAGCCUAAUAUGGCUCCACCUCCUAAUAGAAGAAAAUCUAUUAUUGGUGGUGUUAGGGAAAAUAUGGACAUGUAUGAUAAUAAUAAUAAUAAUAAUUAUAAUGGCCCCUAUAAUAAUAAUUAUAAUGGCCCCUAUAAUAAUAAUUAUAAUGAUCCAUAUAAUAAUAAUAAUUAUAAUGACCCAUAUAAUAAUAAUAAUUAUAAUGAUCCAUAUAAUAAUAAAUUCAGACCUAUGGUUAAGAGCGAAUCGCAUCAUAUAAAAAAUAACGUUCAAAGAGAAGCAAAUGUUCAUAUAGAAGAAAGUGUAGAAAGAAAUAAAAAGAAACAAAGUAACAAUAAAGAGGAGAAUAAGGUUUCAAAAGAACAAGAACAAUUGAACAAUAACGAAAGUGAAGGUAUUGAUGAAGAUUUAUUCUCAGAUGAAUUUGAUAUGGAUGAUUAUGACAGUGAUGGAAACAAAAAAGAAAAACCUUAUUAUACUGAUCGUUGUAUAUUAGAUAGGAGUACUAAAAGAGUAUCUAUAUUAGACAAAUUAAAUUUAGGGUUAAAAAAUAAAGGAAAUGAUAAAAAUAAAAAUGAUGAAAAUAUAUCAAAUAAGGAUAUAUUAACAAAAAAAAGUGAUGAUAAUGCUUUCAAAUUAAAAAAAUAUGAGUCUAAAAAAUAUGUUGAUAAUACAAAUGAAGAUAGUAAUACAGAUGAUGAAAGUUAUGAUAAAAAUAAGAAAAUGAAAAAUAUAAAAAAUGUUAAAGAUAUAAAAGAUAUAAGAAAUUAUCACAAAAUGAAUUCUUUAAUGAGAAAUGAAAAUAAAAUGCCUCCACCAAAAAAGAUAGUCCAAAAUAAAGGUCAAACAAAAAAAGUAGACGAAAUGGACACAUCGAAGAAAGAGGGAAUAAAAGAUAUGAAAGGAAAUGUAUAUAAAAAUAAAAAAGAUGCACGUAUGAAAAGUAAAAUGAAUUACCCACCCAAACAUGAUAUGAACAAUCCAAUGGAUCGUGAUGUAAAUAAUACUAUGAAUUAUGAUGUAAAUAAUACUAUGAAUUAUGAUGUAAAUAAUACUAUGAAUUAUGAUGUAAAUAAUACUAUGAAUUAUGGUAUAAAUAAUACUAUGAAUUAUGGUAUAAAUAAUAAUAUGAAUUAUGAUGUAAAUAAUACUAUGAAUUAUGAUGUAAAUAAUACUAUGAAUUAUGAUGUAAAUAAUACUAUGAAUUAUGGUAUAAAUAAUAAUAUGAAUUAUGAUAUAAAUAAUAAUAUGAAUUAUGAUAUAAAUAAUACUAUGAAUUAUGAUGUAAAUAAUACUAUGAAUUAUAAUAUAAACAAUCCAAUGUAUUAUGAUAUAAAUAAUCCUAUAAAUUAUCAGAUGAACAAUACAAAUAUUUCCAACAUAAAUAACCCCAUUAAUUAUCAGAUGAAUAUUCCAUUGGAUUAUCAAAUGAUACCUAAUAAUAAUAUUAAUAAUAUUCAUAAUAAUAAUAAUAAUAUUAAUAAUUCUAUAUAUUUUCAAAAUAAUAAUAAAUCAAUAAAUUACAAUGGUAUUAAUCACUUUCCAUGUAAUGAUAUAAAUAACAUAAGCUAUCCUGAACAAAAGAAUAAUAUAAAUAAUAUGCAUAUAGAUAGUUCUAAUCAAUUGAUUGAAGGAAAUUAUAAUAAUAUGAACAGAAUAAAUUCCAAUAACAAAAAUUUAAUUUUAUAUAACAAAGGGAAUGAAAAAUAUGAUGAAGAUUUUACUUUGAAUUAUAUUCUGCAGAAAUACGAUGAUGAUGAUCAAUUUUUUUGUAGCAAUAUUUAUACUCAAAUAAAUGAAGAAGACAAAAAAGAUGAAUUAAAAAAAUAUACAGAAGGAAUGAAUAGGUUAGUAGAACAAAUGUACUUUUAUGAUAAUUUCAAUGAUGAAUAUAAAAUAACUAAAGAAAAUAAAAAAGAGACAACUGAAUCGUUUGAUAUUAUAGAUACAUCAUUGAAUAUACAUGUUGUUGAUGCUAAUGAAGAUAAUAUAACAGAUGUAAACAAGGAUAAUCAGGAAAUUAUUUCAAAAAUGGAAUUAAAGAUAAAAGAGUUGGAGAAAACUAUUGAUGAAAUGAAAAAGAAGGAUAAGGUAGAUAGCAGUCAUCAUGAAAAAAAGAAAAAAACAAAAAAAAAGAAGAAAACUAAUAAUGGAAGAAGUAGUAGUUUUAGCGAUGAAUCUUCAUAUAAUAAAGAAGAAGAAGAAGGAGAAGAAGAAAGUAAUAAGAAACAUUCAAUGUUAAAUAAAUUGAAAAAGGAUAUUGAGGAAAUGAAAAAGAAUAUGAAAAGGGAAGAAGAAAAUAGGAGAAUACAAAAAAGAGGAAUAAAAAAAAAAAUGAAGGAAAUGAAAGGAGAUAUAAAAAAGGAAGAAAAUGAUAAAAUAGAUGAUAAUGUAAAAAGUGUACAAGAGGACGAAAAAAACAAAACAAAAGAAAAGAUAGAAAAUGAUGAAGAAUUAGAUAAUGAAUAUGCUUAUAAAUUUAAUAUAGAUGAUAUAAUAAAUACCGAACAAUUAAAUAAUAUAAAAAAUGGUAUAUUAGAUAAUGUUUAUUAUUAUAUAUAUGAAUCAUAUGAUCAAAGAGAUUAUGACAUUCUCGAGAAUUUAGCAAAAAAACACGAAAUAAAAGGAAGAAAAAUAUCUUAUAAUAUAAAUUUACCAAAAUAUAAUUUUAAUGCAAAAAGAACUUCAAGCGCUUGGUUUUUAAAUCCAGCUUAUGAAAAUUAUAUGCUCGAAGAAAAAAAAAAAAAGCGAAUGAGUCUUGAACAAAAUAAAAUGAUUUCAUCUAAUAGUUUUGAACAUGUUCAAUUUUUAUUUAAUGAAAAUGAAAUGGUAGAUGGAACUAUAAUUAAAAAUGGGGAUGAUGAUGAUGAUGAUGAUGACAAAAGUGUGGGGAAGAUUUCCGAAAUUAGAGAUAGUGAAUUUUCUUAUGAGAGUUUCAUAAGUGAACAAAAAAAAAAAAUUAAAAAAAAUAAAAUCAAUCUUAUAAAAAUUAAGAAUAAUGUUGUAAGAAAUAAAAGUAAAAGCAUUAUACAAGAUCAUAAUAUAAAGGAGGACAUAAAAGAAAAUAACAUGGUAGGACAUAAAGAGGAUGAUGACGAGAAAUAUAAGAAAUAUGAAGAUAAAGAAAAAGAUGAUAUAAAUUCAAAACAAAUUCAAAAUUCGCAAACGAGUCCUAGUAACAAUGAUAAUAUUAUUAAUAACAUUUUUGGAACCAUUAAUAAUUAUGUUCAAGAGAAUGGUGUAUUGGAUUUUUAUAAUUCAUCUAAUUUGAUAAUAAAAGAAGAGAAUGAAAAGGGAGAAAAGAAAGAAAAAAAAGUCGAAAAAAUAAAUGAAGAUGAAAAUGAUAAUAAUGAUGAAAAUAUAUUAAAAGAUCAAAUUGAAAAGCAAAAAAAAGAAAAAGAAUUGUUAGAAUUAGAAAUAGAAAAUAAAAAAAAGAAAAAAGAAUUAGAAGAAUUAGAACUACAACUUAUGGAAAAUAAGAAAAAACAAUUUUUAGGUAAUAAGUUAAUAGAUGAUUUACAAAAAGAUAUAAAUUGCACAAAAGAGGAAAAAAAAAAAAAAAAUGAAGCUAAAGAGGAAGAGGAAACAGAAAAAAACAUAAAUGAUCAAAUGGUGAAUGAAAAAGAAAUGGAUGUAAAUUCUAAAAAUGAAAGAGAAAUUGUUCAAGUACACAAUGAAAUAAAAAAUACAAAUAAUAAAGAAGAAGAAGGAAAAAAAAAAAAUUUAUUAAAGGAAAAAGAAAUCAAUGAUUGUUUAAAUGAUUAUAUAAAUAAACAAAAGAAAAAGGAAAAAAAAAAAAAUAAUUGGGCCAUGUAUGGUAGACCUAUAGUUAAAAGACAAAAUAAUCGUAAUAUAAAUAUUAAAAAUGAUUUAAAGAAAUUAUAUUCGUCUAAAAGUGAAAGUGGAUUUAAUGAUUAUGCAUUUUAUGCAGAGAGAUUUUUCGAAGUUAUUACUGGAUAUAAUAGUGAACCUGAUUAUUUAUCAGAUAUUGAUAAUCAGGCUAAAAAUGAAGAAAAUAAAAAUGAUAUUAUUCAUAAUAAUAAUAUUAUUAAAAUUAGUAAGAAAAUGAAAGAAAAUAUAUAUGAAAAUAGCCCAUUCCAUACAUAUGGAAGACCAAUAUAUGAAAAAAAAUCGAAGAAUCCAAAUAAUUAUAAUAAAAUAAAAUCAACCACUCAUAAUGCUAUAUUAAAAAAAAAAAGAAAAAAAACUCUAAACAAAUCAAUCUCCAUUAAUAGUUUUACCAAAAUGAAUUCUUCAAAUAAUAAAAUUGUAAAAAGAACAAGCAUAAAGAACAAUACUAUUGAUAAUUAUAAUAAUAGUACUAUAAAGAAAAUUAUACAUAAAGAACAAAAUGUAGAGGAUCAAGGAUAUAUAGAUUUAAAAACUAAGAGGAAAUUAAUUUACGACGCUUUGGAUGAAAUAAAUCAACAAACACAACAAAAAAAUUUAAAGAUAACGGAAAAUAUUACCCAAGUUGGAAAAAAACAUGGGCAAAAUGUGUCUAAUAUUAUAAAAAACACAGGAGCAAUGCUAAUAGAAAAAAUAACACGAAAAGGUAAUGAUAAUAAUGAAGAAGAUCAAUUUUCUGAAGAACUAAAGGCGUUAGAAAAACUGAAAAAAUUAAAAGAAUUAAAAAGAAUAGAAGAACUUAAAACCUUAGAAGAAGAGGAAAAAAAGCGUCUAGAAGAAUUGAACUCGUUAAAGGUUGAAGAAGAAAAAAAAAAAAAAAAAAAUAUGGAGGAAAUGAAAAAAAUGGAAGAAAUGAAAAAAAUCGAACUUCAAAGAAAGAAAGAGGAAGAAAAAUUAUUACAAUAUAGUAGAAGACAAGAGCAAAUUAGGAAAUUGGAGGAACUCAAAAAAAAGGAAGAAUUAAAAUUGAUAGAAGAAAUGAACAAGUUGGAAGAACAAAGAAAAAGAGAAGAAAUUAAAAAAAUGGAGGAAGAAAAAGAAAGAGAAAAACUUAAAAAAAUAAAAGAACAACAAAAAAAGGAAGAAAUGAAAAAACAGGAAGAGCAAAGAAAAAAAGAACAGAUCAAAUUAAUGGAGGAAAUGAGAAAAUUUGAAGAACAAAGAAAAAAAGUAGAAUUGAAGUGGUUGGAGGAGGAAAAAAGAAAGGAAGAAUUGAAAAAAUUGGAAGAGCAAAAAAAAAGAGAAGAACGUAAAAAAAUGGAAGAAGAAGAAAAAAAAAGAGAGGAAGAAAAAAAAAGGGAAGAAGAAAUAAAAAAAAUGGAAGAAGAAAUAAAAAAAAUGGAAGAAGAAAAAAAAAAAAAGGAAGAAGAAAAAAAAAAAAUGGAAGAAGAAAAAAAAAAAAUGGAAGAAGAAAAAAAAAAAAAGGAAGAAGAAAAAAAAAAAAAGGAAGAAGAAAAAAAAAAAGAAGAGAUGGAAUUACUAGAGUAUGAAAGAAUUCAAGAAGAAAUCAAAUUUUUAGAAGAAAUGAAAGAAAAGGAACACAUAAAAUAUAUAGAAGAAAAUAAAGAAAAUACAAGUGAAAAAGAUAUAUUACAUAACUUUUUAGAAAAAAUAUAUAAUGUUAAUCCUUUAUCCAAUUAUAUAAAAAAUGAUAAAGAAUCAACUCAAAUUUUAAAAAGUGAUUAUGAGAAGAAAGAAAAUGAGGAUAAAAAGUAUUUAAUCCAAAAGAAUAAUAUAUCAGUUGAAGAAAUAGAAAAAAAGGAAGAUAACGAAGAUGAUAAUUAUAAUAAUAAUAAUAAUAAUAAUAAAGAUGAUAAUGUGAUUUGUGAAGAAAAAAAAAAAAAAAAUAUAUUCAUGACGAAAAUAUCACAUAUGAAUCAUUAUGAUAUAUUUUACCAAAUGGAAAAACAAAGAAUUAAAAAUUUUAAAGAAAAAAAAAAUUAUUAUAGAAAUACACCAAAUAAUAUAGGAAAUAAAGGAUUAUUAAAAAAUGCGUACACUAAUAAUUCACACAUAAUUAGGAAUAUUAUAAAUAAAAAAAAGGAAGAAGAAUAUGAAAAUAAUAAAAUGUCGUCUGAGGAUGAAAAAAAUGGUGAUAUGUCAGAUGAUAAUAUGCAAAGUGAUGAUAUGGCGAAUGAUAAUACACAAAGUGAUGAUAUGGCGAAUGAUAAUACACAAAGUGAUGAUAUGGCGAAUGAUAAUACACCAAAUGAUGAUAUGGCGAAUGAUAAUACACCAAAUGAUGAUAUGGCGAAUGAUAAUACAUCAAAUGAUGAUAUGGCGAAUGAUAAUAUACUGACCAAGGAAAGGAUUGAAAAAAUUAUAAUAGAUAUGAAAGCAAGAGAAGAAAAAAAAAAAAAAUUAUUACAGAUGAGGAAUAAAAAUUUAAAAUACAACCGUGUAAAUAAAGAAAAUAUAAUCAAUAUGGUAGAAAAAAAGCUAGAUAAUAAAAAUUCAGACAAGGACGAAAUUGAUGAUUUAUUUGAUUUAGAAGAAGAAGUUGAAAUAUUUGUAACUGAAUCAGAAGAAUCUUUUUUAAAAAUUGAUGAUAAAGGUCCAGGAAAUUUUAAAAAAACACACAUAUAUAGAGAAUCACCACAUAUGAAAGGAAACAAUAUGAAUGAAUAUUUUAAAAAUAAAUAUGAGUCAUCAAAUGAAGACAAUAAAUCUUAUAGUAAUAAAUCAGAUAGGGAAAAUGAUAUGUAUUCUAGUAACAAUAAUAAUAUGUCUAAUCAUAAUAAUAUAUUAUAUAGUAAUAGUAAUAAAUUAACUAGUUAUAGUAAUAUAUUAGGUAAUAAAAAUAAUAACUUAUAUAAUCAAAAUAGUAUAAUAUCAAGUCAUAAUAUCAGAUCGUCCGAUUAUAAAAAUAUAGAAGAUGAGGAUAUAAAUAUAAAACCGUAUAAUGAAUAUAUAAAUAGCGAAAGCGUAGAAGAAUUAUUUAACUACAUUAUGAAAGAUAUACAUAUGAAAAAUACGUACAAAAAAGAUAAACAUUCAUUACCUUAUAAUGAUUAUUUAUCAAAAGAUAGUGCAUAUAUUUAUUUUGAUUUUGAAAAAAAAAAAUUAGAUAGUCAAGAAAAACAUUCAUACGAUAUAACGAUGAAUAGUUUUUAUGACAUAUAUAAAAAUAUAUAUCAUAAUGGUGUUGAAUUUGAUAAUAAUGAUAAUAAUAAUAAUAAUAAUAAAUAUAAUAAUUAUAAUAAUUAUAAUAAUUAUAAUUUAUAUGAAUAUAAAAGUUCAACGAACUAUAAAAAUGAUGAUCCAAGUACUAAUUAUUCUUUUGAAAAAAUAUUGAAACAAAAAGAUAAUUAUCAUCAAAGAAAAAGUUUAAUGAACGAUAACAAUAAAAAUGAUGAUAUAUUAUCAAAAGUAAUGAAUAAUUUAAAUGGACUUAACAAAAAAAUUAAAUCAAUAGAAAUAAAUUAUAACUUUGAAAAGCAAAAAAAAAAUAUAAUACAUAGUAAUAAUGAUAUGUAUAGGAAUAAUAUAAAUACACAUAAUAAAAAAAAUUUAUAUUCUUUUGAUACUACUAGUAGAAAUAAAUAUGAAAGUCAUUACUCUAACUAUUAUGUUGAAUAA